AAACUCCCUUAAGACUGCCCUACCUUACCUCCCUAAUCUUUUUAAAGUGAGGCUUCUAGAGCUCUCUUGGCUGAACAAAGACGACACUUCGUAACACUUGCAACAUUUCGCGACUUGCGUGUUUCUUGAAUCUGACCUACCACAGCGAUAAAGCUUGAUAAUACGUAUCAUAUACCCUAUUCCCUAUUCUAUUACCUAGCAGGAAUGAAAUAUUUGGAAAACGUAGAUAGAUUCUACUAUCACUAUUGCGCGUAGCUCUCUCAGCCAUCAUAUUCCAACCGAGGUUUGAAAAGAGAAAAAAGGAAAAAAACCCCAAUCGCUCUCAUCCGAAUCCUUUGGACUUUUUUUUUUUUGUACAAUACGUCCACAGAUUUUUAGAGCAUACAAACCAUACAGACAGACAAUUUCCCCGUCUACCAGCUCCAGCUCCAGCCCCAGCACGGGAGCAAACGCGACUCGGGCAAUUCAGCCCGGCCGACCGACCUUGAAUUAUAUUGUCCUUUUUUUCCACCUUCCGCCGUCGCCUCCACCAAAUAUUUAGCCGUCAUAAAUAAACUGUGCGAAUCUUGCUUGUUAUUUAGCGGGCAUAAUCGGUUCUUCAUGGCUUGCAGGUCAACCGGAAGAUGAACUCCCUCAAUAUAAUAUCCGCGCGCGUCUCCCCGACCUCGAGUCCCGCCCCUUCGCGAUCAAACUCCCUGAGCCACAUCGGCUUAGCUGUCGCUCAGUCUGAUGACAACCCAACGCCUCCAGAGGAAGCAUCGCCCAACGAGAAAUGCGCAACCACUUCCGAACCGAACGAUGGCACAUUCACCAGGGAAACCCACCUAGGCAAUUUUCUCAGCGCAGACGAGAAGACUCCCUUAUUAGACAAAAUCGAUGCCAAGGAGGCAAAUAUCCGCUAUUACUCGUGGCAUAUUAUCCCCGGGCGCAUAGCAAACAGUCUGAUAAACUCUAUCCGUUUGGUUCUGUCUACCAUCGCCGCACCUGGAGUUUAUCUCGUCGCUUGCUUUUACGAUGAACGGGGGAAUUUCGCCCCCUUGCGACAAUUCGGGAACCUUUUCGGUAUCUACGGGGGCGAUGCGCGCAAACUAGCAGCCGACUACCACGAGAGCGUCGCGCUUAAUGAAGAGAAGCAAGUCUCCUCUAAGCGUCUCAACCAAGGCUCUAGAGGAAAGUAUGCUUUCGCAGCCUCCCGACCGGUACCAUCGUCGGGAACUUCAUCCUCAGGUCUAUCGUCAGAGUCGGAAUCGGAUAUGGUUAGCAGGAAACCAGGUCUCCGCCGCGGCUCCGGUUCUUCCGGUCGCCACGCUCGGUCUAAGUCUCUUGAUCCCACCGAAGAGGGUUCGCCAACAAGGAGAUCGAUAAGGAUUAAGUUGAAUAACGAUGAGGCUAUGCGGCAGCGAAAACACAGGAAGGCCCUGUCUACAAGUGCUAGUGGUAGCACUAGCAGCGGCGACGCUUCAGCAGAUUUAUCGGCUCAACUAAAGUCUCCUACUUCGCCUAUCGCGGCUUUGACGAGAUAUCCUAAGACUCCUGCCCCCCCUAGACCGUUAAUACCCCGUCGGCAACCUUCAUACGUGCCCUACGAGCCCCUCGAUCCGAAGCAACAGAAAACGUUGAUAUUGGAUCUAGACGAGACGUUGAUACACAGCAUGUCGAAGGGAGGUAGAAUGGGUUCGGGACACAUGGUCGAAGUGCGGCUGAAUACGAUGUAUGUUGGAAGCGGAGGCCAACAGGCUGUUGGACCUCAGCAUCCUAUUCUAUACUAUGUUCAUAAGCGGCCGCACUGCGACGAGUUUCUUCGAAAGGUUUGUAAAUGGUUCAAUCUCGUCGUCUUCACAGCAUCGGUACAGGAAUACGCAGACCCGGUCAUCGACUGGUUGGAAUCGGAGAGGAAGUUCUUUUCGGGGAGAUACUACCGGCAGCAUUGCACAUUCAGGCACGGCGCAUUUAUCAAGGAUCUGAGCUCGAUAGAACCAGACCUGAGCAAGGUCAUGAUACUAGACAAUAGUCCCUUGAGCUACAUGUUCCACCAAGAUAAUGCGAUUCCCAUUCAAGGCUGGAUCAGUGACCCUACGGAUAAUGAUUUAUUGCACCUGGUGCCUCUUCUAGAGGGAUUGCAGUACGUUUCUGAUGUUAGAGCAUUACUUGCAUUACGGGGUGGAGAAGACGGACAGCAUAUGAUGACGUGAAGACAAUGAAAUAAAGACCCUUUGAAGGCAAAAGAACAUAGCGGGUGUUAAUUGGUAUUGGGCGGAGAGGGACUCGAUAUACCGAGCUAGCAUUCCAAGGAACUUUCUACCAUUACGUGCUUCGUUGUACAGGUCUACGUUUACGUUAUGGCGUUAAUAUAAUAAGUGUACAUUUUUUCUAAUGGAGUGGGAGACUGCGGAAGAGGCUGGUUCUGUAGCAAGGCAACAUGAGAACAUUUGGGGACGUAUCCUAGUCCGAUGCGGUUACGACAACCCAGUGUAGCGCGGAAUUGAUGAAUAGAGACUUGACUGGUUUGCAAAA